GAGCAUUAGUGAGGCGGAACUAACGCGAGUGACGUCGGAAGAUUUUUGAGGUGGCGCCUGUCAAGCUGAGAAGCUAGGUCACUAGCAAAGAAACAGACAGUUGACUCCAAGUUACAGCUACAAACAUCAUAUCCAGUAAUACGACUGUCUCCGACCUUUUCUUCUGACUGUAUAUUUGACAGGACGGAGUGGAAAUGGUCGCGGCUUCGUUUCGUUGUCUGUUUGUGGUCGCUCUGACCUGAUCAACACUUGUGCUAACGUUAGCUUGUUAGCAUCCUGGUUGUUUGUUUCUGCCAGGAUCCUCACUGUUCAUUCAGCUCAUUUAAGGAGUACCUCACGCUUACAAGAUGUUCCUGGUGGGGCUGACAGGAGGUAUCGCCUCAGGGAAAAGUGCAGUGUCUUCGAUGCUGCGGGAGCUCGGGUGCCCCAUUAUUGAUGCUGAUGUUGUGGCACGGAAAGUUGUGGAGCCACAUACUCCUGCCUAUUCCCGCAUCGUCUACCACUUCGGGCCAGAGAUCCUGCUGGAGAACGGCGAGAUCGACAGGCAGAAGCUGGGUCAGCUCAUCUUCGCCAACGAGGAAAAGAGGAAGCUGCUGAACUCCAUCACCCACCCAGAGAUCCAUAAAGCGAUGCUCAAAGAGAUUCUGUUCUACUUUCUCAGAGGGUUCCGCUACGUGGUGCUGGAUGUGCCACUCCUAUUUGAAACCAGGCGUCUCACUCAGUUUCUAAACCACACUGUAGUAGUUUAUUGUGACCCUGCCACUCAGCUUUUGCGCCUGAUGCAGAGGGACGGGCUAACCCAGGAGCAGGCCGAGCAGCGCGUGGCUGCACAGAUGCCGCUCAACGAGAAGCGUGGCUUGGCCAAUCAUGUUAUUGAGAACUCGGGCAGCCGGGAGGAUACCCACCGGCAGGUCCUGCGGUUGCACACGAAGCUGGAGGACUCCAUGGACUUCCUCUUAGUGAGGGUCAUCGCUAUUGCCGCCACUACCGGUCUGGGUGGGAUACUGCUGUAUGCAGCCAAGAUACUUUUGUCCUAACAGAUGAGAGUUGCGGUCAGAGAUGAGGGUGUGAAAAGAGGCAGGAGAAGGCGCGUCAGGAGGUCCUGAUGCAAUUUACUGUGAGAUUAGUUUCACAGCACCCACCACUACAGUUCAGUGGUGUGACGUGCUCUGUUUGCAGUUAACACUGACUUACAUUAUUGACACAACAUGCACUGACAAAUGUGGUUUAGUGUGAAGGGUGUGAAUGUGCAAUUUCAGUUGGUUUUACCGAGAGACAUUAAAAACAUGAAGGUGAUACCUUAGAGGCUCAGCUGCUGUUCAGGCUUCCUGAUGCUUCUAACAGGGACCACAGUUAGGGGCGUAAAAACAGGUUUUAUUUUGGUGCAGCAGUCAACACAUAACCAACAACUGUAGAAACUAAGAGAUUUUAUUUUGUUGCACCUUUUAUACCUUGUGAAGAUUUCCAAAUUGAACAUUUUGGGUGAUAUGAUAGAUUGUGGGUAAAAAAAUGUAUCCGCUGUAGAUUAUAACUAUAGAUUUCCAUUUAUUUGCAGUUUGCAACCUUCAUUUUUAGCACAAAAUGAUAGUAAUACGGUUUCAAAUCGGAUGGAAUAGACAUCAUAGAAAAAUGAAAAUGCCCAGAGUAUGUUAUGAUUGUAUGUUAUUGACCGGUUUAAUGAAGAUAUUGACAGAAUGUAUUUGACAAUCCGUUUGUAAUGGGAACAGAGUGAAUUUAAAUGAAUUAACAGACUUUAUAUAUAUCACUGUAUUUUCUUACACUUGAAGCUGCCCUCUGUACAUACUAAGUCUGGUUUUGUUUUUCUGUGCACAUUCACUUGUAACUAAUACACAACAUUUUGUAACAUUAGUUGCUUAACUCAAAUAUAAAGGAUCCAGCACUACUGUUUUAAAAAUAACAA